AUGAUAAUGCUGGUGGGCAAAGCGAAUACUCCUGAAGAUAAGAUCGGGACACCCUCGGGCUCGCUCCGGAAACACCCCGCGGGAUCGCCCCACUACGCCUCGGAUGACUCCGAGAGCGAGUCAGAUGGAUCCAUCAGCAUUCAUCGGAUGUCUCUGGGACCAUCGGGUGGUACGUUCUUAAAGGACAAGAUCGGCAAAGCCAAGACCGGCGCCAUUAAAAGGACAAGCCAGGAGCGACAUGGCUCGGAGAUCGGUCGGUACCCGUACUAG